ACCAACGCCACAGCUGAUAGCUAAGGAAGAAGCACAGUGCUUAGCCACAAUACGACAUCAACUUGGAGAUACUUGGCUGCUGGAGAAACCAUUUUGGCAGGGGAAUGUUAGACGUUUUGCAAAAGUGAUUCCACAUCAUUCCGAAAAGACUUGUCAGGUGUGGUAAGGGACACAAUUAGGAUCAAAAUGGUGGCUUCAAGUGGUAUUGAAGCCCAUCGAAUGUGGCCGAGUCUGAUGGCGGCUUUGUUGCUAUUGUACAUCGCAUCAGCCGACGAGGUACAAUGUCCUUUGCCCUGCCACUGCGAAAAUGGCGAAGUAGAUUGCACUCAAGCUGGUCUAAAGGUAUGGCCAAUCAAUUUACCUGCAAACACGACGACGCUCAUACUCAGUCGCAAUCAAUUAAAACAAAUUCCAGUCGAUGGGUUCUACCUUUACCCUCGUCUCAAGACACUUGACGUCAGCAACAAUCAAAUUGAGCACAUCGACGAAAAAUUGCAACUGGAUCAUCUCGAAAAACUAGAUCUAUCACACAACGCCGUAAAAAACCUGGAUUUUCUGCAAGGGUUGCCGAAGUUACGUCAUUUGGAUGCAAGUUUCAACCAACUCAACGUACUGGAAAACAACACAUUCAUUCGCUCUACAAGACUUCAUUGGCUAAGAAUCGAUAGCAACCCCAUUAAAACACUUCCAUCAGGUUUGUUUCGACGUAACGAAAUGAUAGGCUAUCUAUCGUUGUCAAAUCUUGAGGUGGAAUAUCUACCACCCAGGCUUCUCGAUCCGCUGACUCGACUUCAGCAACUGGAAGUUCGCGACAACAUUCGGUUGGAUUCUUUGAGAGACGAGAUUUUUCACUACCUGGGCAACAGCUUACGUCACCUGAACCUAGCCAACAAUACUUUUAGCUCACUACCGCGAUCUCUAAGACAAUUGGACGCUUUACGCAGCCUCAACUUGGAUGGAAAUCCCUUCCAGUGCGACUGUCAACUGUUUUGGUUCGCCAACUGGCUUGAAAAACGACCCACAAUCGCUACAUCGGAUGGCAUGUAUUGUUUGGAUUCCAGUCUACCCUUGGUGGAAUCGCUCUGGAAGAUGCAUUGCAGCGCUGUUCGUCUAGAAACAUCUACAUUGUUUCAAGAAGGUUUAAUCGGACAGCCCGUUGUUUUGACGUGCAACUUUUCGGGGAAUCCGCAGCCCAGCGUGACUUGGGUCACACCAAAUCGUACUAUUCUACAAUGGCCGUCUACGACAGCGGGAGACGUGGGAGUCGACGAUGUGGCUCUGCUAUCAUCCGGUCAACUACAAGUGAACACAUUAAGUCGCCACACUGCCGGUGAUUACGCCUGUCAUGCUUCUAACGCCUUAUCCAAUGUGACGGCUUUCAUGCGCAUUCACAUCGCCCCUAAAGGCUUCCGCCGAGUGCAAAUUCACAGCAUCAUUGCUGGAUUCACUUGCGUUGGGGCUUUCGUUUUGAUUACAUUAUUGGUUCAAGGAUUCCGCUACUUGAUGGACAGAUUCGGAUGGUGGGAGUGUUGCUAUUGUUGUGGCGAGAGGCUUUCGCCUAGAGCUAAACAAAUUCGUAACUUGCUGGAAGCCAUCGAGCAGUACAAAAGUCAACAAUUGGAACGCCUCAGAGAAAAUUAUACUGGACAGGUCAAUCGCAUUCGGGAAAACUGUGUCCAGCAAAUGGAAAGAAUUCAUCAAGGUUAUGCUGGCCAAGUCAAAUAUUUACGUGGUGUGCGAGUCUACGGUACCCAACAGCUGACGACGAUUCGCGAGCAGUAUAAUGAUCAGGCGAAAAAAGUGUACGAUUACACCGUUGACCGACUCCAAACUGUACAACGCAAUUACGUUUCGCAAAGGUCAAAGGUUCGCAAAUUCAGUGCUCACCAACUGAUAAGAUUGCGAGAAAAAUACAAGUUCCAGCAAAAGACCCUCAACAAAAUCAUGGAGAACUUGCCAGCUUUCUACUUGGAUUCUUGUCGCAGCGCUGCAUGUGCCCGUACCGAUUCCGUCUACUUCCAAGAUGUCGGAGAAGUAGAUGUCAACAUCGAUGUAGUCGAGUCCAUCAUUAAGCAAGGAAUUCGUCUUGACCUGCCCGACGAUGUUUGCUUGGAAGACGAAAAUCUUGAUGCCCUGGGUGACGAAGAACUUGAGGGAGCCAUAGAAGAGAUGGAAGCAGCGGGAGCAAGGCCUCGCAAAAGAUUUGGCCAUGGAAGACAGUCUAGUGCUGGCAGUUUAGAUUUAAGUUUUCUUUUUGCUCCUAUUCGUUUUCCUUCUCUAAAUUGGCGGCGACGCAACACGGUGGACGAGGAACCGAAAAAUGUCGCGAGUGGAACAGCUUUAGAAGUAGCUGUUGAAAUCUGCCCUGUACCCGUUGAACAGGAAACCGAAACUACUCUUCAACCUGUAACUUCAACUGAUUGCUAAGAAUAUUUCCUUCAGCGCUUGAAUUAGCUAUCAAUGUUCCCUUCUCGUGUCUAUUCCGUGUUAACCUGCCCUUCGAAUAUAUUCUUAACACGAUUUAGGAUGUCUGUGAUCAAGUGUCCCAUGAUAUGAAUAAACAGAGACAUCCCGUUGUCGUUGUCUAACGGAAAAUAAGAAAUAAAUAUUGGCUUUAAUGUCGUA